UCAUUUUUAAUCGUUCAAAGAAACGUCUCAUCUUCUGUGUAAUCGUGUCGUGAAAAAUUUUGUGCUUAAUUAUUUUAUAAGUUAAUAGCAUUAGCAUUAAUAAACUUUAUUAUUUUUAAUAAAAUUUAUAAAUAAUUAAAAUGCGCGAAUGCAUAUCUGUUCAUGUCGGGCAAGCUGGAGUCCAAAUUGGAAAUGCUUGUUGGGAACUCUAUUGUUUGGAACAUGGAAUACAACCGGAUGGACAAAUGCCAUCUGAUAAGACAUUUGGCGCUGAUGAUAGUUUUAGUACUUUUUUCAACGAAACUAGUUCUGGCAAACAUGUACCCAGAGCAGUAUUUGUCGAUUUGGAACCUACAGUAGUUGACGAAGUUCGAACUGGAAUAUAUAAGCAUCUUUUCCAUCCAGAACAAUUGAUCACUGGUAAAGAAGAUGCAGCAAAUAAUUAUGCUCGUGGUCAUUAUACAAUUGGCAAAGAAAUUGUCGAUUUAGUCAUUGAUCGAGUACGUAAACUAGCAGAUCAAUGUACCGGAUUACAGGGAUUUCUUAUUUUUCAUUCAUUCGGUGGUGGUACUGGAUCGGGUUUCGCUUCUUUAUUAAUGGAGCGUCUUUCUGUUGAAUAUGGAAAAAAAUCUAAAUUAGAAUUUGCGAUAUACCCGGCUCCACGAGUCUCUACAGCAGUUGUUGAACCAUACAAUUCCAUUCUUACUACUCAUACGACUCUCGAGCAUUCAGAUUGCGCUUUUAUGGUCGAUAAUGAAGCAAUCUACGAUAUUUGCCGACGCAAUUUGGAUAUUGAAAGACCAACUUAUACUAAUCUUAAUAGACUGAUCGGACAGAUUGUUUCUUCAAUAACAGCGUCAUUGCGAUUUGAUGGUGCUUUAAAUGUAGAUUUAACCGAGUUUCAGACAAACUUAGUUCCUUACCCAAGAAUUCAUUUUCCUUUGGUUACUUACGCUCCUGUAAUAUCCGCUGAAAAAGCAUAUCACGAGCAACUUUCAGUCGCAGAAAUCACUAAUGCAUGUUUCGAACCAGCAAAUCAAAUGGUUAAGUGUGAUCCAAGACAUGGAAAAUAUAUGGCUUGCUGUAUGCUGUAUAGAGGAGAUGUCGUUCCAAAGGAUGUGAAUGCAGCGAUCGCCACUAUUAAAACAAAACGAACAAUACAAUUUGUUGAUUGGUGCCCAACUGGAUUCAAAGUUGGUAUAAAUUAUCAACCACCAACGGUUGUGCCGGGUGGAGAUUUAGCUAAAGUACAACGAGCUGUUUGCAUGUUGUCUAAUACAACAGCUAUUGCUGAAGCUUGGGCUCGACUUGAUCAUAAAUUCGAUCUUAUGUAUGCUAAAAGAGCUUUUGUUCAUUGGUAUGUUGGCGAAGGUAUGGAAGAGGGUGAAUUUUCUGAAGCUCGUGAAGAUCUUGCAGCUCUUGAAAAGGACUAUGAAGAGGUUGGCUUAGAUUCGACCGAUGUAGAGACAGAUGCUAUUGACGAAUACUAAAUUGAAUCUACUCAUUUUCCAUAUAUUAUUUAAUUUAAUUAAUUUUCUAUCAUUUUUCUCUAAUAUCCAAUUUAGAGUUUUGUUUAGAGUCUUUUCUUCUCCUCUAUUUUAUCUCAAGUGAUAAAUACUUUUAUUACAAUACUUAUAAUUGAACUUAAUAUUAAAACAUAUCAAAAUGGAUAUAGUAUACUACAUAAUGAUGAUAUGUUAUAAGAAUAAUAUUAAAAAAGAUUAUGUAAUAAACAGAAUUUGAAUUAGGAAGAGAUAUGAGAAAGGAUAUGGAUAUAACAGGAAUAGAAAAAUCAAAUAUCCAUACAAUCAAAAUAUUGUAUAAUAAGACAAGGAAUUCUUUUCACAUCUUUUCUCGUCAAUUAGAGACGUAUUUCUUUUGUCUUGUUUUAUUGCAUUACACAAACGGGGCUGGGGAGGCAAAAUUAAAUAGCGGAUUAAAUAGUUCAGCGCGACGCUUUAACAAAUUAAAAACGUAAAAACAUUAACAGUACAAUAUAGUUUCUUAUUGUAGACGUAAUGCGAUGGCAGUCUUGAGUCCUGGAAAGAUGCUGUGAUUGUUGCAUGAUUAUUUCAAUUUUCAAAUUUCUAUAUUCUAUUUCCUAUUAUCUAUUUUCAUUCGUUUCCGGUAUAUGCAUUUUUGACUCGCUUUGCGAUCUUCGACUCUUCUCUGUCUCGCGGAUUAAUUCUUCAUUCAAUAAUUGUUCUUUUAUUUGCGAUAAGCUUUUGCUCCUGGCAGUGUCUGGAAAUAGAAAGCGGAAACAAAAAUCUUUCAUAAAGUACAACUAUUUCUACUCAUGAUGCAAUAAAACACAAGAGACAUAUGACUUUCGGAAACGAACAAACAAAAAAAAAACUACAUAAGUAUUCUAAACAAUAAUAUGUGAUUGUAUAAAUAUUAUUAUAGCAAUCAUUGCGACUAUAAGAUAUGAUAUCUAUUAUUGCAACUAUGCGAAUUACAAUAGCGCCAACAGCUCUUCUACUCUAAUAAAAAAAAAAAAAAAAAAAAAAAAAAAAAAAAAAAAAAAGAAAAAAAAAAUUCUUUUGAGAUAAAAAUUUCCUACCUUUUAUCUUUGUAUUUCUUCUUAGUAUUUCCGAUAAAUACUGAAAUUAUCGAUAUAUAUCGCGUAGUUAUUAUAUACUCAGAUAAAUAUCAAGAAAUCUUAACACUUACAGUUUUUAAAUUUCUAAAUUUUUCUCGUGUGAAUUAUUACUUAUCAAUUUUGCUUAUGUAAUCAAUGCAUAUCGAUAAAUAAUUAUGAUCAAUAAUUGGAGGAAAAGAAAAAAAAAAAAUAAAAAAAAUUGAUAUGUAAUCGAGAAUUAUAUAAAAAUUGGAUAUUAGAGAAAUAUCAAUCCCAUUAUUGUGUUUAACAUAUAUACGUACCAAAGUUAGGACUACCUACGCCUCGACUGGCUUCUUCUUUUCUUUCUUCUUCUUUAGGAAAGAGGGUGUUCUAAGGCCUUUCUUCUUCUUUUUUUCCUUUUUCGGAGACUCCUCGCUAACGCUCACAUCCUGCGACACGGAACCCUUAACACGGAAGGUCCCAACCGUAACCAUAAACCUUUCUGCAUGCACAUGCAAGUAGCCAAUUCUCUUCCUCCUUCUUUCUCCCUAUAAGCGCGCACGCGCGCGCGCAUGUUCUUUUCUCCUAAGAUCUUUUACUUGAAUAUAACAUGUCAUUCUGUCAAUGGAUUUAUAUGCAUAUACAUACAUACAUAUACGUAUAAACAAACGCGCACGCGUGUCUCAUUUUUUUUUCCUUCGCCCUUUAGCGUUUUGCAUGAUCUUUAUUAUGUCCAUAAUAAUCGGUCAUCCUUAGAUUCAUGCAAGCGAACACUAUAGGCGCACUACCUUAAUUCAUAGCAUGAUGUAUCACAGUUAAUGAAAAAAGCAGCAUUUGUGCAUGAUUCUUACGAUUCAUUUGACAGCCGAGGAUGAGAUUGUGAAAUGAUGAUUUAUAAACGAAAUUUAAGAUUGUUCUGAGACGAAAAAUUCCCAACUAACAUUUCUUACAUAUAAAAAAAAAAGAGAUCCGAAUUAAAUUCGUUAGAAAUAUUUAGUAAAGAAUAAGGAUGUGUAACUUGAACAUUUUUAUGAAAUAUUGUUUUAUAUAUAUACAGAAUGAAUCAAUAAUUGAACAUGAAUAAAAUAUAAGUGAAAAAUAAUUGUUAUUAUUAUAAAAAAAAUUAAAUUUAAAAAUAUUAUCUUGAAGAAAGGAAAAAAAUACGCGAUUGUUAAAAAGAAAAUAAAUACAAUUAUUUAUACUAUUUUAUAUCAUAUAAUUUUACAUUGAAGAGAAAAUUGAAGUUCCAAAAUUAUCGUAGAAUUUAAUUUAAUUUUUUCUUGUUGUUUUUUAAUGUUAUUAAUCGCAUAAAAGUUGUAGCAUAUAUAAUAAUAUAACUCAUUCUGUAUAUAUAUAUGUAUAUAUAUAUAUAUACACAUAUAUAUGAAUUUUGUUAUAACAUAUAGAUUUAAAUCCUCGAGCUUUAUUAUAAGUUUUCUUAAUCAGUUAUAUAAGAAAAAUAAAAUUAAAUAAGAUAUGUAUACUGUAUUUGUUGUAUAUUUCUAAUAAAACUCGAGGACAAUAUAGUAUUUAAUAAGAAUAAUAUGAAAAAACAAACCUCUUUACUACUUUGAGAAAAUGUACUGUGAUGAGCAUCAGAGUGAUCGCCGUUUACGGUAUUUUCUCCUGUAACAUAAAAUGCAAAACAUUAUAAUAUCUUUAAAAAAUUUAUCUAUAGAUAUAAAAAAAAGAAAAAAAAAUAAACAAGAAAUCAAUAUCAAUAGUCAAAUAUACGCUUACCUCAAAAAUGAAAAGCAGUAUGUGAUUCUUGUUCAUUCUUCGAAUGUUUCAAGUAAAAGGUCACAUUACAAAAUCAAUUGAGACAAACAUUAAAAUAUAUAUUACAAAGGAUAUUAAAAUAGUUUGUUUGGGAUUCUCGUAUUUUGUUAUUUUUUUGAAAUUGAUUUAUUUACGAAACAUGUAUUCAAUACAAAUAAAAAGUAAAAAAAAUAAAGAAAGGACUCACAAAAGGAAAUAUGCAAAAACAGCUAUUUAAGAGCGUGAGUAAUGCGUACAAUACAACUGUAAACAAUAGGAAAUAAAUUAAACGAAAACUUUAUGAAGAUAAUAGAAAAGAAGAAAAUAUAAAUUAAUGUACUAUUUUAUCGUUUCAAUUGUCUCUUUUUUCUACUUAAACAUAUCUUAUUCAAUAUAUAUUUCUCAUUGGAAAUUCAUGUAAAUUAAAAUUAAAAUAAAUAAAAAAAAAUUUUAAUAAUAAACGAAAAAAAAAUUUCCUAUAGUUUGUAAUAACAUGCAAGAAAGAAAUGAUGGUUAUUUUGUUAUUGUUUCAUCACAAGAAGGAAUAAAUGUAAAAGAAGGAAUAAAUGUAAUAUACUUCAGCAAACUUCACUAAAAUAAAUAUUAUAUCUUUGAA